AUGCAGUACACAAACGAAUUCCCUGACUCGGCGCCAACUGUGCAUGAGCAUCAAACUAUCAAUCCCCAGUUUCUCAACACCCCCCAACAAGCCAACAACCAGCAUGCCCCCCUUAAUAAUUUCAUAUACGUCAAUCCACCAAGCUUCGAACGUCAAGAUAAUCAGAGGUGGGUCCCGAUUUCGAAAAGUCUAGUUCCACUCUACUUUCAGUUGCAUUUACUUACUCUUUUCUUUAGGACAUUCGACUACUUCCGGAACGACCUACAGAUGCCCUCAAUCCUGAACAGACCUACUGCUAACAGCCCGAGUGUCCCGGCUACGCAGACUCCAGGCGUGGAAGUAGUCAUGCCUGCAAACCGGAAGAAACAGACCACGUCGAAAAAGGUAACAAAGAAGUCCGCGUCUAAAGCGUCGACCAAAAAGCCGGAUGGGAGGUCCGCUUCUUCCGGGUCCGAGACCGAUAGCUCUGAUUCGGAACUGGAGAUUGAAGCGCCAGAAGAGCCAUCCCCUAUUCCCCUCGUUCGUCCCAAUGAACCAGAAGCUGCUGCGCGAUAUGAUGCCCUUCGAGCCGUGUGGUCGCCGCGUAAUAGGCGGCCUCAUGCCGACAAAGUCAAAGGCGCACUGGUUGCGUUCAAAGAUGUUGUCAAAGCUGUGAGGGAUACGUGGAAAGAGAAGUCGCAAGCGAUGAAGAUGGCAGAAAACAAGGGCGAAAACGACAAAGCGGCCCAGAUCAAGAAGGAUGUUGUCCUUCAGCGGCGCCUGAUGGACGUGGUUGUUAGCACCACUCUGGAUCAGGGCCACCCCACGAUCGUUGAGAAAAGUCAGAAACGAAUUGAGAGCCUCUCCCGCGUAAUUUCCCUAGUGUGGACUUCAGCAUAUCUUCAUAAAAAGAAUGCUUAUAAAACAAAGGAAAUAAAGGGAGAAGGUUCUCUUUAA